ACCGAGAUUGGUCGAGCGAGCGCGGAGCGACCUCAGCGACAGCGACCACGAGCGACGAGCCGUUCGCUGCAUCCACGGCGGUCUACGUGCGUCGUCGUCGAGCGCGAAGGAAUAGCAAACCAGCAGGGACUAGCAGCAACUAGACGUUUACUCUCGGUCGGAGUUUUUAUAUUUUAAAUUCGCUCGUCGAACUGCAACAAUAACGCGAGUGUUCGAAAAAAGUUUUUCGCGAACCAACGAGCAUCGAAUCCGACACAAACGAUAACAAAUAAAUAAAUAAUCGUGUUUAUAAUACCGUGGUGGAAGGGGGGGGGGGGGGGGGGAUUGGUCGGUCGUAUAGCAGCGGCGUAAGAGAAUACACCACAGUGUGAAGGAAAUAAGGAGUGUGUGUGUGUGUAUAUAUAUAUAAUGUAAUGAACGCGUAGGUGUCCUCUCUUUUUCCUCCGCGCUUGUGUGUUCCCCCCGUCGUGUACGUGUUAUACGUGUGGUCCGUUGCGUGUGCAUUCUUUUUUCUAAUUAUUUUUUUUUUUUUAUUUAUUUUAUUGUAUUUUUUUUUUUUCAAUUCGUUCUCGCGUACGUGUGGGUGAUUACUCGCAGCAAGUUGCGCGCAGUGCUCGUGGUGCGAACGAGAAAUAUAGGAGAAAGGAAGCCAAAGGGAGAGAAGAUGCCGAUCGUUUGGUGGAAUAAAUCGCAACGCGUCUUCGAGUUCGCCUCUACCGCUACGAGCAAUCAUUAGAAGAUAGAUAGAAACAAAAAAGACUGCAGUGUCAAAAGCGAGACGAGAGAAUUCGGAGUAGGAGGAUGCUUGGGAGCUGGAGCUGGGAAGGAGAACUGGAGUUGGGUGAGGGAACGACGACUCUGCUGCGCCAAAGACGGAGACCAGAGAGCCCGGACUCGACGCAUCCGGUCCCCGAUACCCGGGUGCUAAGGUAUGCACCCAGCCGUUGCCACCGAUCGCCUACCUAUCAAUCGCCGCACUCCGGCCCGCAGCCCCCUAUUACACGUGUCGACUAGCAGCGUGUGGCCGAUCGUGCCGAAAUGCUGACUGCAGCGCAUCCUGAGAUGCACGAGAAACAGGAUCCGCUCGUAGUGGGUCAGUAUGGGGGAGCUGUGGGCGGGGGUGGCGGUCACUCUUCUUCCGAGGAAAAGUCGGUCUUGGAUCAACCACCCCCACCUCCACCACCCCCUCACAGGGAUCCGACGGACCCCACGAUCAGCGCGAAGAAGCUACCGAAAAAGAGAAAAUUUGACCUGUCCGAACUCGAGGAGAUGGAUAAAACGAGUAACGUCACCAGCAACGUCAGUAAUAUACUUUCAUUAAGGGGAACUAGCCAAACUAUCGCGCCGCAAACACUGCAGGUUACACAUUCGGUACUUUUACCAGCUCCGCAACAACCGCAGCCGAAUCAACAGCACCAAACGGAAUAUUAUCAGGUCCCGACGAGUCCGGUAGUCGUACCACCGCCACAAAGUACGGCUGUGGAUUAUUCGGUACGAGAAGAACCACCUCGUUCCCGUCCUCGACAGGCAGCUGUUGCGAUUGAUCUUAGUGAAUGGCGUGAUCACCGAGUGCUCGCUUUAAAGGACUCCCAUUAUUACCCUGGGGUUAUAAGGAGCGCGAGCCACGGUGAAAUAUACAUUGAAUUUGACGGGGAGAAUAAGCUGGUGAGAUACGGUGACGUGCUGGGUGCGGGGAAGUACGAUGUCAUUGGCGAUGCUAGCCCUUCGAUCGGUUUAGUGAAACUUGGUGCAUACGUAUGCGUCAGGUGUCCGCCUUCGAAGAGUCAUACCGACUCGCACAGUGCUUUUGUUAAGGGUAUCGUUUACCAGAUUCUCGCGAACCCGACCCGAUUCGCUGUAAAAAUACCUGCGGAAGAUGAUCAGUUUAACAAUUUCGUUGUCAAGCGAGCUGAUCUGAGGCUCGUCCAGCCGCCCUGGUCCGACGAACUGGAGGAGGGUUUGGAAAAUCCCGAGCCAUUCCAAACUCAGGUCGCCGAUCGAGGGUACAGAAACUCGUUGGAAACCCCAGGGCCGGUACCAGCAUUGCAACUUCACCAUAGUUCGCCUCACACCCCCCACGUGAGUCACAAUGAGACCGGUGGAUACUAUAGGACAACUGGAACCAGUCCCCUGACAGAGCUGGCCACUUCCGUCCAUUCCGCUAACAACACGUUGAGUAUAAGCAAUGGAAGUAGAAUCUAUGAAGAUUUGGAGAGCGAAGACGAUUUGGAUAGAGAAGACAUCAUGUUUCCGUCAGAUGCAGGAAGCAGUAAAAGAAGCAGCAUGCAGAGCCGUGGAAGCACUAGCAGCCUAGUCGAACAACGAAGUAUAACUCCUCGUUCCCAGGCAGCCACACCCAGAUCUCAGGCGGCAACGCCACAUAAAUACAAAAAGGGUGACGUAGUUUCCACAUCGAGUGGCAUUAGAAAAAAAUUCAAUGGAAAGCAAUGGCGGAGACUAUGUAGUAAAGAAGGAUGUUCAAAGGAAAGUCAACGGAGGGGAUAUUGCUCGCGACAUCUCAGUCUGAAAGGCUCAGGAUUUAGAAGCACCAACACCUUUCCAGGGGGUAAAAUGGAUGGAGAGGAAACCUCACGGGACUCAGACACGUCACCAAAUUACGGCGACAGAAGAAUAGCCGGACGUUUCGAUCAAGAUGAAACUGAGGCUGCAAACAUGCUAGUCUCUCUCGGAAGUUCGAGAUCGGCGACACCUGCCUUUUCUUCUCCAACGGGGCAAUCAUCUGUGUCGCCGUGCAUAAAUCAAUCUCCAGUGCCACCGUUGGGCUUGAACCAGAACGUUUUCAUGCCAAUAUCUAGCCCGGCGCAUCAUGCUGCUCCAUUAAUAUCGCCGGGUGCCAAAUGGAAGAACUCCCCAACGCAGACUAAUUUUAUGACGCAGUACCAGCAGCCCGUCAUCAGGCCUGAGCUAGUUAGACCUACUGGAAGACCUGCUCAAACAGCACCCGCUAGCAUUGGGACCAGCGUGAUACGGAUCUCUCCUGUUAGUAGGAUAAUGUCGGGCCAAAAUUUAACCAUUCCCACUUGGUCGGACCAUAGCCCACCUCCCAGACAUCCGUCGGUUGUAACAUCCCUGGCCCAGCAGCAGCAGAGUAUUAUACUGCAGCAUGCGCUUACCUCGAAUAAUGGCUUUUCCAAUCAUCCAGAACCUUCGGAUUCGAGCAAUCAUUUAUUGAAACCUCCACAUUCGCCACACGUUCCUUCAUCUGCUCCACCGGCUCAGAAUCUAAGUAUGCUCCAUAAACAUCAAGAACAACCCGUUGAUUAUACUCCGCCAUUAACACAAAAUCAGACAAUGUAUUUGAUUCCACAUCAACCUGACAAGAAAUAUGUUAUUAAAAACACCAUGGAAGCGCCGACCACUGGGCAUCAGCUGGUAGUUAACCAGGAAGAAAAGUAUAGGCAGACCAUGAUAAAUCAUUUAGGACAAUUACCCUCGCAUCAAACGCAGUGCCAACCGCCGCAGUCACCUGCCACGCAGUCCGUCCAUGUUGAAAAGAUAUCAACACUCCAACAGGUCAGCAAGGUAGGCCCUCCGCUUCAUCUAUCAUCUCACUCAGAUACGCAAAGAAAUUUGUCAACUCCGGUAACUGUUGUCAUGUCAGCUACGACAACAACUAAUGACUCGGCACCACCGACCAGUGUCUUCCAGCCUGUCAUAGUUCAGCCUAGUCACUUGGCUCCAAUGAAGGUUCAACCUCCUCGUGAAGAUAAUCAAAAGAACAACGGAGUUCUAUAUGGAAGUCGUGAGGUUUCUCCCGCAUACCAGCCCCAACCCCCGCAACUUCUGAACAACGCUGCUGUGCGCAAAUGGAAAAAAGCUUUUUCCUGGCAGACAGUGCUGGACCAACCAGAGGUCAGCCCUCCACCUUCUGCCUUGAGUCCUCCGCUCAGUGCACCGCCCAUCCCCAUGGGCACGAGCAGCAAUCCUAGCGACGAUGGGUCUGGGCAUGGACCUGGUACCGGCCCUGACCCCAUCACCCCUGCUGAGGAGGAUGAUGAUGACGUCUUUGAGACGGAACCAACUACCCCUGCGGAGAUCGAAGGCAGUAUCAACAAACGCCGCAGUCAAUCGUUAGGCGCACUGCACACCAAAGACCCGCAGAGCCCUUUAAAAACUAAGGACCGAAUUCGCCGACCCAUGAAUGCUUUUAUGAUAUUUUCAAAACGCCAUCGAGCAUUGGUACACCUGAGGAAUCCAAACCAAGAUAACCGAACAGUUUCAAAAAUUCUUGGCGAAUGGUGGUAUGCCCUCAAGCACGAGGAAAAGCAAAAAUAUCAUGAACUCGCCUCAGAGGUGAAAGAAGCACAUUUUAAAGCCCACCCGGAUUGGAAAUGGUGCAGUAAAGACAGACGGAAAUCAUCCACCACAAACUUCAAGGGUGCUGAACCUCGUGGAAAACUUAACAGCACAGGGGAAGAAACUGAUAUGGGACCUCCGACCGAUGAUGUACCUUCAACUCCACGAACUGUUGAAGAAGCUUCGGCCAUUGCAUCAAGCAUCUAUAAUGAACCUUCGACUGUUGAGAUGCUUGGACAAAUGCGGACUUCUCGUCGCUUAUCUGAAAUGCCUUUACAGGCCGAAAGUGUGGAGUCUGAUAUGAAGCAAGAAGAGGAUGGCAAUGUGUCAGACGAUGACCAAAUGGUGAUCUGUGAGGACCCCCAACCAGAAAUAGAUUUGAAGUGCAAAGAUAAACUGACAGACAGUGACAAUGAGGGACAGGAUGAAGAUUUGGAAAACAAAGAUUACGUGCAAUCAAGAUAUUCUCCUGUCAGUGGGCAAAAACGUGAUGGUCAAGAAACAAAGUUGGAUAUAACAUGCAGGCCUAAGCCCAUCAAAGCUCGUUUGCCGUCUACUGGUAUGGAGACGACAACAAAAUACCAUCAUGCUUCCAUAGAUAAGGGUGGCACUGUAUCUGUACUUUCGACCUAUCCUUAUCACAGUCCUGUAAAUCCAACGGGGGUUUCAGGCUUCCAGCCAAAGGGAGGUGCUUUUAUAACUAUGCCUGUAUCGCCGAAAGUCGCGAAACCGGAGCCAACUAAAAAUGAACAGCAAUAUAGUACGCAAUACAGUGUCAGUAAUCUCGUCGCUAAUAUUCACACCGAAAAUGGGAGGACUGUGACUAAGUUUCCUGCUGCACCUAUCUCGCAUUCGUUACAGGUCAGACCUAUGAUGACGCUUUUGAAACAACAGGGAUUACAGUCGGCAAAUUCUAUUCAUCAUACCGCAGUUUCUAGCCCAACUUACCAGCCCCAACUUACUUUGACUGUUGUGAAAGAUGAGGUCGUUGCCGUUUCGAAACCACAACAGGGAUCGCAGUAUCUCGCCCAGGCGCCGCCCCAUACUAGAACGUACUGCAAUUUUCAGAUACCCGUUUCAGAUGCCAGCGGUCGCGGUAUAGCCGUGCAGAAUUUAGUCACCGGCACUAAGAUCGAAACUCACAGCGUUAUUGUGAGCAAAUCUUACCCAGUGUCAACUCCGAGCCCAGGCACUCCCAGUUAUAAAGGAAUCGGUCACUCGGUAGCUCGGCUUGCGGAAAUCGAGCACAACGAUAAUCAGCCUGUUAUAAAUCAUGCCCAGUUUUACAUAAAUAACGUAAAAUCGGAGCAGGAGAAAAAAGAGACCGGAAAUAUUCAUCAUACAGUAUCUGGUGAUAGCCAUAAGCAGCCAUCAACACCUCACACCCCGCAUAAUUCCGAUCACGCAAUUAACAAAUCUUACAACAUGGAUGAACCUCGUGGGAUUGUUGCCCCAAAUAGCGUCGACGUAGGAACGAACAAGGCUCCGUUUAUGCUCGCUCCUACACCGGCACAACUCGGUCGAGCUCCGCUUCAGAGGAGACAAUCAAUGGCAAUGCCUCCCACAUCAAAUGCGGGAGACCAUGGGCCACAGACGUCUCAACAUUCCGACAAUCACCAACCUUCGAAUUUAACUCAAAACUUUGAUCAGCUGCAACAUAAUUCUGUAGAGCCUUUGGCUGCGUCGUCACCUUCGACGAGAAAAGGAUCUUUUUUUAAGAAAAACGUCGAGGACGGCAUGGACAGGGUUCUGGAGCAAGUUAACUUCCAAGAGAAAUUUUCGUCGUUGCCAGAAUUCAAGCCGGAAGAAAUUCAGAGUCCUAGUGCCAUUGGUAUUGGCAGUAUGGCUGGCACAUCUCCCCAUGUCUCAGUGGCACCUGGGGUUCAUUCGUCCAUACAGGAUUACCGUAAAAAAUCUGUGCAGGGACCUCAUAGACCCAGUUUGAAUGAGGAUGACAUGGAGUCAGAUAUAUCCAUGUCAGCUACUCCGAAAUCAGCGAGCAGCGUGAAGUUGACAGGGAAUACGUUCUUUGGCCCUGAUUUCAACAUAGAAGCAUUCAGAGCAAGUACUGAACUUGUCGGUGACGUUGAUGCAAGUUCGCCACGAACGCCAAAGACCCCUGGCGGAGGUGUGGGGGGAAACACAAUUGGAUCGAGUAGAGGUGAAAACGAGCGAGGCUACAGAAAAGUUUUAGAACAGCGCAGAAAGCUUGUCAUGCAGUUAUUUCAGGAGCAGGGUUAUUUCCCAACAACGCAGGCCACCUCCUCUUUUCAGGCUAACCAUGCCGACAUUUUUCCUACCAAAUCUAGUCUUCAGCUGAAGAUCAGGGAAGUAAGACAGAAAUUAAAGGCUAACUCCACACCAAUGAGUGCCAAUAGUUUGGCCAGUCCCCUACCGGUGUCCGAAUCAUCACCCGGCAUUAAUGGACCUCUUACUGCCCCGCCAACGUCGAUGGGUGCACCUCAUUCGCUGCCGGUUGGCAGUACCAGCGGCAGCUAGCCCCCACGUGCCAACUGUGAUACGAAAAGAAAUACCCCCUCGCCCCGUAACACCGUCAUUUCUUAAUCCUGCAAGGAUGUCGUUGCUUCAGAAAUAUUAACCAACGUAUUGUCGCGUUGAAUGAUUUAAUUUCGGAAUAGGACGGAGAAUUUUUUUUUUUUUUUUUUUAAUAUUUUUUUUCACCUAAAAUGCAACGCGUUCUCGGAACCAAGGGUUACUCUUUUUACAAAGAGAGGUAUUUUUUGGUGAUAUACGAUAAGCGCAGGGACGUCGUGCAUCAAUCGGCUACGCGUUUCGAUUCGAUAAUACUUUUUGUUUGUCGUGCAAAUGAGGGAUUAUUAUUGAAAUUAUGGUUUACAUGAUGUAUGGUCCGCAUAUGACCAUAUAUUUUGCACGCCAAUUGUUGUAUAUUGUAUCUAAUAGGUAGGGUCUUUUAUCUUUACAUAAGCUCGUGCAAUAAUUCUCGAUGAAUUUCAUAUUAUAUUUAUUUGAUAACAAUGAGGAUUCUUUAUUUUCUAAUUUCACAAUUAUUGCAAUAUCUUUAUUGCGGUGAUAAAAGAUUUGAACAAAAAGAAAAAAAAAAAAGAGAAAAACAAGAAACAAAACGUAUUAUGAAACUGCGACGGUUUCGCGUAGGUGGUAUCCUACACACCCACGUGAUCUAGAAUAUAUGGUAAUUGAUAUAUGGAUAUUAGAAUUAUUGAGUAUCGCUCGCAUCAUAUUUGAUCAAAUUAAUAAUUAUUACGUUGCGUACGACUGUGAUCAUCCCGAGGCCAUUGAAGCGGCACGAUUUUCAAAUUAAUAACGCGUAGCUGAUUUUUUGUAGAUAGGGAUUAAUGCGGGGCGAACUGGACGAGGCCUAUGCCAAUGUUAAUAAUAACGUUGAUUGGACAAACUUGUACAAUUAACUCUGUGGUCCUUUGCUGAAUCAAUUGUGGACCGCUGAGAAUUAACGAAAAGGUUAUCGUUAUAAAUCAGACUUCAUAGAUUUUAGUUGAACUUUAUAUACCUAUGUUCACUAUAUGUAUAGAUAAAGGUAAAAACUCAUGAACAAAGUCCAUAUUAUUAAAUCUUUGCACAAAAUAUAUACAUAUAUAUAUAUAUAUACAUACAUACAUAUAUAUAUAUAGAUAAUGCAAUCAGAAAAUGUGUUUAUAUAAUAGAUGUAAAUACGGUAGUAGUAUGGAUAUCUCUAUUAGAAGACGAUCAUCGGAGAUACGAAACGAUUUUUCGUUCGUGUAAAGCCUUGGUGACGAUUCGUAGUUUAUAUAUUAUUAUCCAAUGAAAAAGGACAUUAAUUAAAACGGUGCCAUUAUGCAGCAGCGAUAAUAACCAGGUUCUAACACGGGCUGAGACAUCAGAUUCCCUUGUUACGCGUUAAUGGUUAAUCUAUCAUGGCUCGAUAGCUGAUGAAUAUUAGAUAAUAAUAACAUGUAAUAAUAUGUUUCCAAUAUUAUUGAAAGUACUUAUCGACUGUUUUUAGAGCUUUGCUAAGAUUCAACGUAUUUGUACAUAUUUUAUAGGUGUUUUUAAAAAUGGUCGGUCCUUUUUUUUUCUCUUUUUUUUUUCUCUCACCAAGGCCACAUUAGGUUUAAGCGGUUUUAUAUUUGGCUGUAGAGUGAUUAAUUUUUUUUUUAUUUUUUUUUUUCCCUCCUUUAAGCCGUGACUCUGAUGAAUUUUACAAUCGUGUGCAUGCUAAUGGCGAAUGCGUAAGACGUGUUAGUUAAUUUUCAAUUCUUGUCAAUGAAAUUAAGUUCGCCAUCUCAAAUAUUUACUCAUACUUUUACCAUAUACAUAUAAAUUUACUUUUAUGUAUACAAAUUUACACGAAAUCACGCAAUAUGUUUUGUUUUAACGAAGUCAAUGAAAAAGUUUUUUUUUUCUGUUUUUUUUUCUGUUUUUUGUUCUCUCGGACUUUUAAAAAAAGAACGCUCUUUAAAUUGUUGCAGAAAUGUGUUGAAUCUUGGCAAAUAUUGUUGACAUUGGCUGUAAAAUAGAUAUUGUAAUUAGCAAACUGUUCUUGGAAAGCGCACUUUCAAAUGUUUAGGUCACGCGCCACGGCACGCAUAUUGUAAUUGUUAGGCUACGAACAGCGUAUAUUCAACAUAUUUUGUAAAUAUAACAUAAAAUAUACCAUUUAAAUAUACAUAUAUUAUAUAAAACUUAGAAUAAUUGAUAAAAGUAUAGCAAACGAUAUAGUCUUGUAAGUCAUAGGAUUAUUAUUAUUAUUAUCAUUGUUGUUAUUACUAUUAAUUUUAUUAUGAUCAUGAUUAUUACCAAUUUCUAGUUUAGACAGGAUUAGAUUUAGUUGAAUUACAACUAACGUUGGGCCUUUAUACGUCAUGGACUUUAGUGCUCGGGACUGUUUACUCUGCCCCAUCUGCCCCCCCCAAUCCAUCGACCUCCCCGUAAAACUUAACUUCUUCCUUGAUGUUUCGGCAUUUUCAUUAUUAUUUGUAUAUAAUAUUCUUUGGUUGCCCAAUAAUAAUUAUUACAACUACCGAUUUACUAUAUAUAUUUCUUUUCGCAUCUCAAUACAACAAACUAGAGAUAGUUGAGAUUUGCGACUCUGAGUAUGGGCUGCAGAGGGACGAGCGAUAUUUGCAAGGAUCUGUUGUAGAUAUUUAAGGAUUUUUUUUUUUGAUUCAUAAAUAUUUCGGACAUCACAUAACUAGACCAUGCAUUGUUUGGACGUUGACCGCGUGUUUUCUCGUGGAUGUGGAUUUUAACGAGUUUGGUUUAGAUACUAACCAGCGCUAAUUGUUCACGACUUGGUACGGUAGAUCAAUUAAUUUCGAGGUCAAUCGAUAGCCCAUUCAAAUAGAGCUUCGCUUACGAGGUGAUCAUUAUUUUAAGGAUUCUCGAAUUGUGUAAGUAAAUCAAUAGCGUUUCUAUCACUGACUUACAUUAUCAAACUACGUGCAGAAAGGUACAUGGUCGUUUCCAUUGCUAUAAGAUCAUAUUGUACAACGAUAACGUUGCGGUAAAUCGUGUCAAAAUGAAUUGAUGAUAAGUCGCUCUCUGACAGUGAAAUAUUCGUGUAAUACAUACGGAAAAACCGCGGCUGAGUUUUGGAUCAGUUUCGUUUAACCCUCGUCCUUGCCUCGCUCGAACAACUAAAAAAAAAAAAUUUGUAAAAUUUUGUACUUGAUUUAAAUCGUAAGCUAUGUUCCAGUAUUGAUAAGAUUUUUAAGUAUGUUUUUGAUUUAUCGUCAACGCUACUAUUACUAUUAUUAUUAUUGAUAUUACUAUGAUCAUGUUAUUAUAGCCAAUUAUUAUUAUUGCUAUUAUUAUGAUUAUUAUUAUUAUCACUAUUACUAUUGUCAUUAUUAUAAUUUUUUGCUCUCCUCACUAUUAAAAUAAUGUGAAGACGAAAUCUGCUCAGCAUAUUAGCCGUUUCAUGUAUGACUGUGAUCUAGAGAAACAGACGUAUAAAGUAAUCGCAUGGUGGCUAUCAUAGCUAGCAGGUUCAUUGCACAACAUAGUUUAUUCCUAUCAUAUUUAGCCGCCCUUUUUUUCGCUCCUUGACAAAUAUUAGAUGUGAAGAAAUAAAAGGAAUAUGACAAAGAGUAAUAUUAACGAAAGGAAUGAGAAACAAGGGAUGAAAGCGCGGACGUAAACAACAUCCAAUCAAUUUUCAAUUACGCCCUUCCUCCUUUAUAUAAAUUUCACAUGAUUAUUUGUGUUAUCGUAUUUUUAUCACGGUGUUAUUUUUAAUCAGUUAAUACUAUGUAUUAUCGCUAUCAUCAUCAUUAUUAUCAGUACUAUUUGGGUAUGAAUUAUCAUGAUUAUUAUUAUUGAUACUAUAUUGCCUCUUGUUUAGUUUUGGAAUAUUUUUAAAAUUGUUAUACGUAGGUAUAGUAUAUCAAUCACAAGUAUAAUGUUAUCAAAAUACGAAUAAGAUGAAAUGAAUACCACGCCUACAAGUGAUAAAAGUUUAUCUAUAAUCUAUAUAGGUAUAUACAUUCAAUAAAUUCUUAUGUUAAUGAUAAUGAUAUACAGCUACGUUACUUGAGAGAAAUUUAACACAAGAAGAAAAAGUGCACAUAUACCAUAUAUACAUGCAUAUAUUAAUGAUAGAUAUAGCGUAUAUGUGUAUAUAUAUGUAUAUGUACUGCAUAUAUAUAUAUACACGAUAAAAUAUGAAUGUAUGAAAAAACGAGAUAAUGAUAAAUAUAUAUUUGACAUUUUAUAAUAAGCUGUGCUAGCAGAGGCGUUAAACUCAUUACCAAUCCGACGAUCGUCUUUGCUUACUUGCAAUUGAUUUGCUAUUUGUUCAAAGAUGUUUUAAUUUUUAACUCGCUGUCACGUCGUGCUCGCUGUAAUUGAUUGCGGGUACAAUAUUCAGUCAUAGCAUUUUUUGACUGCAGAUUCAUAUGGCAUAAAUUUUAUCGUAACGUUUACUCCGGUUAUUUAAAAGAUUAAUCACAAGUAAAGAGAUGUUUUAUAUUAUGCAAUGAGUAAGACGCAUCAAUAGCGAUUGGUAGAAUUUAAAGCCAACGCAAUUUAAUACUGAGCAUCAGUAUAAAUAUAGAUGUCGGACCAAAUUGCCAGUGACCAUAGUAAUUAUUCUGAACCGCGGAUGAUAUGACGUCGUCUUACAAAGUUGUAAAUAAACAAUCAUUGAAAAAUAGUGGGAGGGAACAGAUCGUAUCAACUUUUUGGAAAAAAAUUCGCGUAACUAAUUUCAGUAAAGACGUCCGCGAUUUUCUGCAAACGUUAUUUAUUAUAUUUAUUUGAGACGAUUUAUAGUUUAUCGGUAUUUCCAGUCGCACCAUUUGCUACGGGCUUGCGUAAAUUUAUAAAUUACAAAAACUGAACGUUCCCGGAUCUCUGAAUACUGUGAAGAAAAUUCUUUCUCCAACAAAAAUCCUAAACGCAUACUUCAAUUAUUGUACAUUUAUUUGCGCAUUCUAAUAUUCUAUUACGAGAGCUAUGAUUAGCUUUUGGCACACCUGAAAUAUCAGACCAACAAGUUUCUCUAGAAAAUGCUGCUACAGUUGUAGUUUUUCUAUACAGAUACAAGAUUCACGCAUCACAAGAGAAGAAAAAUCUUGCAAAUUAAGAAAACCAAAAUCGUAAGAACAUUACAAUAUGAUGACAAAUGUUGACGAGUAAUUAUAUCGAUUACUAGGUUGAGUUAGAAAUUAAGACCCUUUAGCUGCAAACACUUUCGACGUUUAGGAUUCACUGUCAUGCCUUAUAGACCAAACUUGUAAUAAUUAAAAUUCAUUCCUGUCCAGAAAUAACAUGUUGCACGUUAUUGGAAAUAUAAAAAAUCCUAUCAAUGUGGAUUUUAAUGGUAUAUUGGAUCGUGCAUCGAUUUGACAGCGUAAAAUUACCUCAUUCAAGAUAAGCAAGUGUUCGAAAUUCGAUGUCUUAGAUUUGAAACCUCGGUUUCGCGUUCGUGGACAGCGAUGCAGUUGUUAUGCAGAAUUCUGGUAAAUCACUUGUCAGAUUUUCGGCAUUGCGUGACGUUAAAGAUGUAAAAAAUUAUUAUAAUCCGUAUAUUAUAUAACGUUGAUGUAUCAAUAUAAUCAUGAUCGAGAAGAGAAACGAUAGUUGUAUAAAGUGAUAAUUACAAUUUAUUUUGAAAACGGAGAAGUUAUGGGAAAAAUGAGAUAAUAUAGAGAUUUUGGUUGCAAAGUAUGCUGGAAAGAAUCUGAUAAUUAUGGCAACUCAAAUUCGUGUUACGGAAUAGAUAAGAUGUUGAAAUCUGUGUUGACAAUCGCCGACAUUUUGAGCUUACACUAUAAAAAUCAUGAUAGACACGAUAUAUGCCUUCAGAGUGUUGAAAAUAAACUUUAUACUUUUUAUUCGUAAAUAAUAUUUGUACGAAUCAAUCGAGUUGUAAUAAUAUCGACUGCCUCAUGAGCAGCCAUACGUUACAAAUCUUGUCCGAUCUGUUGAUACGUUGCCCGUAAUUUGAUAUACGCAUACUUACGAUUAAAAAUCUAAACUUUGUAAUCCCAUUUUGAGAAGACAUGAAGAAUUUGGUUUACUGUGCUCGAAUCAUUGACCAGACUAUCAUAAAUUAUUGUAAAUACACAUAAAAAGAAACGAGUCUGCUGUUAGCUGUACGAUACAUCAAUCACGCGGUACAAUUAAAACAAAAUUUCGUUGAAUCAAAUUGAUCGUACCCUUGGGUAAGCUUGUAUUAUUUACACGAUGUAUGAAAGUGCGAUUAAAAUUGUUAUCAUACAUGAAGGUAAAUUAACGGGCAUGCGAUUGACGCGAAAAUUUAUUGAUUUAUCUCGUUCGAUAGACGAAAUCGUUUGCACAACUCUGCAGUUACUGCAGUCUUUCUCCGCUAGCCUUUCCUGUACAUAAUACGAUGAAUAUAUUACAUGAUAAUCGUACGGUAUAAUAUAUUAUUAAUUAAUAAUACGUCAUCCAGUAAUAAGUAAAAAUCAUUUAAAGAAUAUUAUCAACUUUAAUGUCAAUGUGUUAUAAUAUGUAUUUCGUACGUUCCAAGUACGUGCGAUAGGCAGUAGGUAGAAAAUAUUGCUUGAGGAUAUUUUUUCUAUGCCAAUGAUGUGAUCACUUCGUGUAGAGAAAGCGAUGUAAUAAAUUUCAUGUAGAGUUAAGUGUU